AUGAAGACCUUCUCUUUGGGUCCCAUUGUUCUCCUGGCCAUCUUCUUCAGUGUCUAGUUUGUGGUUGUCACAUGUGGGAGUGACAUCCCUAUUCCCUGCUGCCCCAAUUUGAGCCACUAUGUGAUCCUGUGGCACUAGCUAUUCACUACAAAAACAGGUAAGCAGUUCUGUGUCCAGCCAGGGGCCACAUGGGUGCAGAGAUACAUCUCUCUGUUGAACACCUGA